AGUGGAGUUUCGGAGUUUUUGAACUGGCGAAUGGUGGUCGUGGGCCGUUGUAAACAAUUUGUUUGGAUUGGGUCAAGAAUUCGAGUUCGUGAGUGGUGGUGGGGUAGUGAGCGAGGAAAGGAUCAUCGAGUCAAGUGCAUUCUCGAUUGUUGUUGUAAUCGUGGCUGCAAGAGAGGGAUUGUGCUUUGACGGAGUUUGAGUCCCAAGUUUGUGGGUCAAAAGUGAGUGGGCGGUGGCGACACAGGCAGAACGGAUGGCUUUCAUUCAUGAUUUUCUCCUUGAUGAAGAAAAAUUCUGAGAAUGAAGUGUGUGUCGAUCGGAGAACGAUCAACUGAACAAGUUAAUCAAGUGAGCUUCUGUGGUGGCUUUUCGAAGAAACGGAAACAUCGGUUCAAGUAAGAAAAUCGAGUUAAGUGACCAGAACUGGUGACUGUCUGAGUUUCGAAAGGGGACAGGAUGUUGUGCGAGGCCAAUCGGAUUAGCUGAACGGAUUUAUUGAGCGGAACAAGAAACUGUUUCUGAAUCAACGCGACUCUGAGUCAAUCCAACCUGCUCCACUUCCAACUGCAAACCGUCCCAUUCGUUGCGCUCGAUUAGAACGGGUCUUGAGCACGCGCAUGGAACCAAUCGUGCACGAGACUCCACUAAUUGCACAGCUCCAAUAAAACUACACUGGAACGGUCUUGCUCAGUACCUACACCUCUCAGGGUCCCAACCCAACCGACGUACUUAUGGUGCAGAUAAAAACAAAAUAAACGUGCUCAACCCGGUAAGCUCCAGUCAAUGAUCCGUGAAGUGUAGUGUUCCGACGACGAUAGGAAAAUCGUGCUCGUGGGCUUUGAUCGCGGGAAAGAGGCUUAUAGCCACAGUCUACUCUCAGCAACAACGUGAUCGAAAGUGAAAACAAAUAUAUGCAUAACUCGCCGUCACCUUCUCAGAGGCGGGCCCUCCCAUUUGUGGUCGAUUGAAUGGCUUAGCUUGGGCCGAUAGUGGAAUUGCUCGAUUAGAAACGGUUUGCGAUCGCGAGACGAAGUCAUCUUAAGUCGCGAAUAAGUGUUCCCGAAGAGAGAUACGGUCAGUUUUGUCCCAGCGUUGAUGUGUGAUGAAGAUGCUGUUGAUGGAAAGUUCAAAACAAAUCGUAAAUUAUAGCUUUAUGCCAUCAGGGCAAUCUCCGGUGCGACGCGGUGUCUCUAAAUGGUAGUGAUCCAUUUCGAUCGAAACGUCGACGACGGUCAAAGUGUGUGAACGUUCGAGUCCAAAGUGAUUGGAUUUUCAGUCUACGCGGUGGCGACGGUAGUGCUUGAAAGUGACAGUGAGUCAUUCGGAAUUCCUUCGGUCCGACUGGAGUCAAUGGCCGGAUUUGUGUUUAGAAGCAAAGAUUAGGGUAGGUUGCGUCGACUGAAGAAUUAACACCGGAGCACAAUGGAAGCGGACGUCCUGAAUGCGUUGAAUACGCAGACGGCGUAUAUUCCGGGUGGGAGGGAUCGCGAUGGCCAUCCCUUGAUAGUGAUUCCGGUGCCAUUUUACGAUAAUCUUCCGUGGAUGAAAGGAUUCCUGGAGAAAACUGUGCAGUACAUCUUGGCGUCGUUGAGCUCGGAAACCAUCUCCAACGGGUUCGCAAUCAUCCUAGAUGCUCAAAAGUGCUCCUGGCGUUCAACUCGGCAGUACAUCCGUCACGUCCAAACCCUUCUCGGUCCCAACUUGGACAGCUUCCUCGUGAUCCGACCGGAUGCAUUCUGGGAGAAGAACCGAGUCGAGAACUGCGCCCGGCAGCACCGUCAAGGCGAGCCGUUGGUGAUAUCGAAAUCGCGUCUCGUCAAGCACUUCGAGUUGAGUGAGUUGCCCGAUGAGCUUGGUGGCACCGCUGCAUACAAUCACGACCAGUGGAUACAGAAUCGAUUGCGCAUUGAGGAAUUCCGAAAAUCCUACGAUAAAGCGAUCGCUGACCUAGAAAACCUGCACCGGGCGCUGCUGGACAACCGGACGACGGUGCGGGCCAGCGAGUCGGAACCGGCGCUCAAGUCCUGCCGGCAGUUGUACCAGGAGGUGCAGAAAACGUUGCUCCAAGUCAUGGACGGAGGCAACAAACUCAUCUCCCACAUCGGUGACCUGCAAAGUACAAAGCCCUUGCUCUCGCAAGACCUUCUGGACAGUCGGGAGUCCCUGCAGCAGAUGCUCAACACCAUCGACAAAAAGCAGUCCACCAUAAACAGUGCCCUGCUGGACCUGGAAAGAAACGUCGAGGAACUACGAGAACUGGCAACCCUGGAGGAAGGCGUAUCCUACGUAACCAACUGGAUCCUCACGACGGCCGAGACGAUGUUGAACGCUCAGCUGAAGGUGGGCUACGACGUCACCACCGCCGACAAGCACCGCCUGGAACACGAAAUCCUCGAGCUACAGUGCUGGAAGACAUACGGCUUCUACGCGGAGCUAAUCUACAAAAUUGACAACUUUCCAAAGAUGAAGGACUCGGCCCCGUUCAAGGACCUGAUGUCGCAGCGCGAGUGGAUGGACUUUGUGUGUCGGAGUUUUGCCCAGCGGUUGGAACGACGGAGGAAUGUACUGAUCACGUCGGUGCGGUUCUUCCGGCUGGUGGCGGAGUACUUCGAUCGAACCAGCGAGGUGUUCCAGUCGUUGAUCAUGGGCGACAAGGUGGAGGAUUUCGACUUGGCCAGCGCGAAGCUGCACAAGCUGAAGGAUAGUCAACAAACAUUGGACACUGUCGAAAAGGAGAUCAUCAAGGAGGGCGAAAAGCUGAGCGACAUCCUCUCGAUGCCCGUGAAGGACGCCGUCGGCCGCGAGGUGGACGUGGACUACAGCGAGGACAUUGCCAACGUGCGGGACAUCCUCGAUGCGACCAUUUCCCGGUCGCGAAUCUUCGUUGAAAGCGUCGAACUGCAGCGGCUAACGCUGGACCAGAUCACCCACAUCUACAAGUACGAAACGGACGCCGAGACGGCCCUCCAAUGGAUGGACGACCUGUACAAGGUGAUGCUGCGGUCGCACACGCACGUCGGGACCAACGUGUACGAAAUCCAGGCGCAGAAGGACGAACACCAGACGUUUCAAGAGACGGCCAAGGGGACGUACAACUACGGAUGCCAGCUGUUGAACGCCUCGCUAGCGCUGAGGCAAUCAUGCAAGCUGGAGACGGAUCGGAACAUCGAAAUGACCCAGAAACUGCAGACGACAUGGAAGCAGUUUCAGGCGGUCAGCCAAGAGCAGAUGACACGGUUGCGGGUUUCGGCCGUGUUUCAUCGAAGCGUUGAGGAGCACUGUAGCAAGUUGUACGAGUUGAAGGAUAACGUGUUAAGGAUCGGACAGAUUGAGGAAUCCAGCAGGAGGAAAGUGAGACUGAGAAAAUGUUUGACCAGUAGGGAGCGGUUGCUAGUGGAAGUGGGCCGGAUGGUGCGGCUGGGGAGACUGCUGAAAACGAGACUGAAGGAACCGUUUCUGUUGGACGAUAGGGUUGAAACCAUGGCAAGUCCGGAGAAUGUCCUAGCCGAAGCGGACAACAUAAUGGCCAGUGAGGCGAUAUCCGCUCGACUGGCGGAGGUUUCCCGAAUUGCCGAAUCGCUGGACAGCGUCCUGCAAGAUGUUCAGGGCGGAUUUGAUGACGUGGACGAUGAGGUGGCGAAUGCUUCCGGAGAGAUGGUCAGCAGGAAGGCCGACGGCAGUAAUCAUAGCGAUGACUGGAGUUCUAGCGUGAAGUCGACCGAAGACGAAUCCUUCGUCACCGCCUCGGACUGUACUUGCACUCCGCAGUCGCGAUCCUCAUCGUACCACACGGCUUCCGAAUGUCGGGCAUCUCCCUGGUGGGGAGGAGAGUCCACCGAACGGAGCUCCCUCGAUAACGAUUCCUCCGAAGACGCCGAUCCGGAAGCUCUGCCCUCAAUCAAGCUGCUCUCCGGGGUAGUCAUUACGGCGUCCUCGGCCAAUUUGUCUUUCGACGAGUCCGAGAACAGUUUUCUGACUCCGACGUCGAACAGCGAGCAGGCCGACUCGGACGAUCCGCACCAGUCCCCGACGGGACGCAACCAGUCCUCACCGGAGAUCAGUUCCGGAGCCAGCUCUGCUCUGAACUCGAUUAAUCGACGGGAGAACUUAGCUCUGGCUCUAACUCCGGAGGAGUUGGAGCAAAUCGAGAACGACAUCCGGAACAACAACACCGUCCAUCUGGUGGCGGUUGCGGAGAGUACCCCAAAAUCGGGAUCCAAGCAUAGUUCACCGACGGCCAGCGAAGACAGCGGUAACGUCGCCGAUCCGUACUUGCUGAAGGCGCGCGCUGCGCAGUGCGUCGAUCGAACGCUCACCGAGCUGAACGCGCGCCAGUUGACCGCCGCCGAUGAGUGGGAACGCUGGAACGCCCGCCAGCAAACGGACGCCAAGCUGAACGACAUCAUGGCCGCCAACAUGGAGACUCUCGCAGCAGCUUCCAAGCUGGAAGAACAACUCUAUCCGAUCUUCAACACCGCGUCGGAUAAUCCGGCCGAUUUGAGUGCAUUUAUCGCUACAAAGCUCAAUCAAAUCCAGUCGGAUAUCCGAUCGGCGGAAAGUGAGCUGACGAAACGGUUCGAAACGAUCGAUCAGCUGGCUGUGGAUGGCUCGGAAGUUACGGACAAAGUGGUUCAAGUGAAGAAUAGUUUGAACUCGAUUAAAACCAAAUUGCACACGAUUGCGGCCGACUUCCAUGAACUCGCGUCCGUUAUCGAUCGCUUCCUCAGGUCAGUGUUGACCUGUCGGGACAACAUCAAGGACUACUUCGCCAACAAGCAGCCCAUUUCCGGGCCGGACAGCGUCGAAUCGAUCACCAACAGCUACGAGCAGUUCAAGCAGAACACGAUGGAGUACUUCCGAAAUUUGCUGAAGCAGAGCGAGCAGAUCAUCGAGCGCAUCAAAGUGCAGGAACCUCCGGGCGCGAAAGAGCAGGAUACGGACAAGAUCAUCACGCUGUUGGAAAACCUUCGGACGUACUUCGAGACGCAGACCGAGUCGGAGAACUCGGAACUGAGGAAGCAGCACGCGGUCAUUGCCUUCGACAGGAGUUUGAAUGAAGUUCGGGGGGAGAUCAGGGAUAAGUUGGAUCAGGUUAAUCGUGGUCGUGGACAGUACGGAAACAAUGUUGACGGGGCGCACCGUAACCUGGCUACGCUUGAUGACUUCGAGAGGAGUUUGAAGGAUCUGGAAACGAAGAUCGAAACAUUCGUCACAUCAUCGCAGAGCUUGAGUUCUCAGUAUCCGGAAACGGGCCAGUAUGUCCACAUGGAAGCAACCAAGAUCCGCAACGAGUGGGCGGAGCUGUUCAAUACGAUUCAGGAGUACCGGAAGUUGACGACUAUCGCGAUCCAGUAUUAUGAAUUGAUCUCUAUGGUGGAGAAUAACUAUCGCAACUUGAACGCCGAUCUAAUCAAUGCCAAUAACAAGCUAUCAAUCUUGAACAAUCCAGACAUUGCCAAUGAUCUGGUUCAGCAAAUUGAUAACAUUUUGAAGGUGUACGAGACUCAACAAUUGGACACUCUGAAGCAAAUUUCUUCGCUAUCUUCCCAGCUAUUUGGUCAUGACAGCACUGUAUCGCUCUACAACGAUAACUUAAAGCUGUUCCAAUCGUUCUACAAAAUCAAAAACGAUCUCAGCGAUCGCGCCAAAGAACUCACCGAACAACAGCUGCUCGAGCAACAAAAGCAGCAAGAACAACAGCAAAAACUUGAAGAGACACAACAAAACGGUUACCAUGAGAUUACCACAACCACGACUACUACUUCCCACAACGGACUCCCGCAGCAGCAGUCCUUUGAAGUACAGACCGUAGACGAAGCUCAAUACCUGCAGGAACCACAAGCACCGCUUGUCAUCCAAACCGUUGAGGAAUCCCGUCACGAACAAGUCCAUGAAAUUGUCACAACCUCCGAACCACCACCAUCCCUAUCCGUCCCGCAGCCCCUCUCAGACGUUUGCGUCCAAGAAGGACAACGAGCGCAACUCCAGUGUGUCAUCUUUGGCCACCCGACUCCAACGAUCGAGUGGUUUAAGGACGGCAUCAGCAUCCAGAAUAACCCAGACUACAAAACCACCUUUGACAACGGUCUGUGCUGCCUAACAAUCGACGAAACCGUCACUGCCGAUUCGGCCGAGUAUCUCUGCCGAGCGAUCAACGACGCCGGAAUCGCCGAUUCACCGGCUCGCCUGAUCGUCACCGAGCUGCCGCAACCCCCGAAGCCGCAGGGAGUGCCACCGGUUUUCACGCAAAAACUGGAAAACGGCACCGCCACCGAGGGACAACCGUUCCAGUAUCGCUGCACCGUUCAAGGUAAUCCACAACCUGUGGAAGUACACUGGUUCAAGAAUGAUACCUGCGUAGACGGUUCGCCUGACUACCGGAUCUCGUACGAUCCGAGUACGGGCGAGACGUCGCUCAGCUUCGAGCAGGUAUUCCUCGAAGAUCAGGCUCGCUACGCGUGUCGGGCCAGCAACGAGUGCGGUUCGGAUGAAACCACGGCCCAGUUGGCCGUCGAGCCUCUGGAACCAACCGAGUUCCCCAGCUUCCCGGUACCCCCGUCCAACGUGAUGGCCCGGGUUGGCCAAAAGAUCAAACUGGAAGCCGAAGUCGCCGGAACGCCACCGCCCGAGGUCAUGUGGACCCACGAUGGAAUGCAUUUCUCCAACCGGGAAGUGAAGUUCUUCUACGAAAACGGCAGAGCGCAAUUGGUCAUAGACGAGGCAUUCCUGAAGGAUGCUGGUGUCUACACGCUAACUGCCAAGAAUAUCGCCGGUGAAAAGUUCUGCUCGUGUAAUGUUGUUGUGAAGGGUCGUCUACCGAACGAAACGUCCGAUUCCGAAUUAGCCAGUGAUAUGGAACCAGUGAAACCAUCCGUCCAGCUCCAGCUCAAGGACGUAUCGGUGUUCGAGGGCAAACCGGUACGCCUGGAUUGUGUGAUCGUCGGUCAGCCGGAACCGGAAGUGAUCUGGUACCAUGGUGAUCGUCCUGUGAAGGAGUCUACCGAUUUUCAGUUGCUUUUCCAAGGAGAUCACUGUUCGCUUGUGAUCCGUGAAGCGUUUCUAGAAGAUGCUGGCGAGUAUCGUGUCGUCGCUAUUAAUAGCGCUGGUGAAGCUUCGAGCAAGUGUAAUCUAAUUGUGACACCGCUGAACAUUGCGGAACCAGCCGUACGUCAACCGGCCGAGCGUGUCCUGCCAGCGUUGGGGGCGCCACCCAAGUUUGAGCGCCUUCUCAGUGACAUCCUUGCGACCGAGGGCGAAAAGUGUCAGUUUGAGUGCGCCGUCAGUGGCGAUCCCCGUCCGAACGUCAAAUGGUUCGUGAACAAUCGUGAAAUCGUAGAAAACCCGCGUGUUCAUUCGGUGUACCGCGACGACGGAGUUGUGAAACUGGUAAUCGAACAGGUGUUCCCCGAUGAUAAAGGUGUUUACACGGCCAAGGCCUUCAAUCCGUCUGGGGAGGCCAAGUGCUUCUCGAAUCUCAUCGUGAAAUCAAUUAACGCACUCGAAACCGAUUCCGUUCCGGCGUUCCUCAGCAAUAGUGUUGUGUGUCCGACGUUCAAAGAACUGUUUGCCGAUCGCGUUGUGAAGUUGCAUGAAUCGACGAAGUUUGAGUGCAUCGUGGUGGGUAAACCCCAACCGAAAAUCAGAUGGUUCUUCAACGAUCAACCCGUUCAGGGACACGACUUCCUUGUGUCAACCAGUGGAGACCGUCAAGUGCUUACCAUCCCGGAGGUUACACCGGAACUGGCUGGAAAGAUUACAUGUUUUGCUGAAAACGAAGCUGGAAAUGCGCAAUGUGUUGCCCUUGUGAGAUUAGCUGACGCCUUUGGGGCAUCAAUGUUACCAUUGCAGCCGCUGGUUACGGCUGAAUCAAUGCUUCAAGUUGACAACAGUGGGUCGUCCUUUGUGACGCUCCAGAAGCAGGUGACCACUUCUUCCUCGUCUUACUCCUCCUCGACGGUGGUCGAGAAUGGAGUAUCACAGUCCGAGGUUCACUCGAAAUCCGCCCAUUUGGAUCGCUCGUUCAAGCAAGUCGGUGGCCAAGCUCCAGAGAUCGCCGAAACCAAGCAGUUUGCGCAAUUCCAUCAAGCCAACAACCAGCCUCCGAUGAUCCAGCAGGAAACAUCUAUACUCAACAUCGCGAACAAUAACGCUUCCGAGUUGCACGAAUCGAUCAUUGCCAACUCUGGUCAAAUCAGCACUGGCAAACCGGCUAGACGUAGUUCAGCACCACGCUUCGUAUCGCCCUUCAACGGCAAGAUCGUUGAUCAGGGUGCCGACGUUGCAUUCGAAGGCAUCAUCGAUGGCUACCCGACGCCUGAAGUGAAAGUCACGAAGAACGACGUUGAGCUGCAACCGGAUGGCGAACGGAUCUCUGUCUCCUACUCGCUCAACAAGAUUGUAGUCGAACUGAAGAACGUAUCGACAAACGACGCAGGACGUUACACCGCAACAGCAUCGAACGCCGCCGGUGCUUCAUCCACCACUGCCGAUUUGGUCGUCAAGAAGUCUAUCUUUCCACCAGUGUUUGGACGCCGUCUUCAGGCCCAGAGUGUUCACCGUGGUGAACGGAUUAUUCUGGACGCCGAAGUUAGCGGAACGCCUGAACCAACCGUCGCUUGGUUCAAGGACAAUCGUCCAGUCCAAGAAGCUCUUCGACCAGGAAGCUACACGCUGCAACAGGUUGGUCCGACCUGUAAAUUGAUCUUCGAGCAGAUCGACUUAGCCGACGGCGGCAAGUAUAUGAUCGUGGCCCGUAAUACGGGUGGUGAAGCGCAGAGCAUUGCCGAUAUUGCGGUCAUGGAAGCGGAACAACCGCAACCACAGCCGCAGAAACAUGUAUCCUUUGUUGACGUACCAGAGCCGCAGCCUCAACUAAGUGGUGAAAGCAUACCCGGCGAGUCCGGCUUCACCGCUCGUCAAGAGUUCUCCGCCGAAUCCAAGCUUCAGGGUCCCAUCACAGAAUCCACCAUCGUCACCGAAACACGUCGUACAACCGAGGCCACCAUGCGUAUGGAACACAAGGUCAACUUUCCAGAUCUUCCAGUUACAUUUUCUCAGCGUACACAGACACCAACGAUUCCACUCCGAUCGGAGGGAACCAUGGCACAGACCGACGUACAAACAAGCGCUACCAAUACAGACCAGGUAGCGACACGCACUGACGCCACACAGACACCAACACCACCAAAACCACCGUCAGCCAAAACAGUGGCCUCACAGACACCUCCACAGGUGGAACCCAAGCCAUCGGUAGAAGAACUCAAAACCGAAACGAAGCGCAGUGCGUUCCAGUACUUUGAAAACAUCGCCACCAACGGAACAGCGGCACCACCUCCAAUGGUUCCAAAACCCACCUCAUUUAAACCACUCAAAUCACCACAGGUCGCGAUCGAUCAAACACACAAGCUGGUAGGUGAAGAGAAAUUCAUUUAUAAUGUGCACACUCCCGGUCAAGAUAUUCGAAGCUAUCAGCCGCCGGAACCUCAACUCCCAUCUGAUCCGAGUAGCACCUUAGAGUCCACAACGACGAGUAGUAAAUUUAGCUAUCAAACGACGCAACGUGUCGACUUCCUUCAGCCUCAGGGCGUAACAGUUCCGACUCCUCCGAUAUAUCACCAAGAACCUCACCCUCCGAUCAUCGAAACGCACCCGCACCAUCCCCUUCCGAAACCCGACACGACUCCGAUCCCUCUCCAGGUACCCACAAUCAUUGCAACCUCCGAUGCACCUCCAUUCAUCUGUCGACCACAUCCGGAGCGAGCACGCAGUUCGUCUCCGAGACCUUCGGCCGAAGCCAUCGCAAUGGAGAAACUUUGGACUACUCCAAAAACACCCGGCUUCGGUACACUACCACGCACCAGAUCAUCAUCUACUACACCUUCUGUUCGUAAACAUUCGCUCGUAGAGGAUAGUGAACGCUCAAAGCCUAAAUCCAAAUUUCAGCCAAUGCAGAGCAGCUUCUUUAGUCAGCAACAGCAACAACAACAGCAGCAGAUGAUGUAUUCAUCCUUUUCGACGACACACCAGUUGCAGACUUCGAACUUGACUCAGCAGCAGUACUCGCAAAGCAUGCAGUACCAGCCGUACAAGCCAUCCGAACCCCUCCCGGCACCUCAACCGAUCCAAGCUCCACCACCAACCAUGCCAGCACCCAAGCCGAUCUUCACUCCUACUCCUGCCCCGGCUCCAGCUCCUCAACCUUUCAAACCUGCUGUCGCUCAGCAAACCUUCACUCCUGCGCCUGCACCAUUCAAACCUGGUCCCCCGCAGCAACAGACCUUCGCUCCUGCACCAGCUCCAGCUUCCGCUCCGUUCAAACCUGCUCCUCCACGACAACAAACUUUCACUCCUGCUCCAGCUCCAAUUCCUGAACCAGAGUUCAUUCCGGUACACCACUCCCUCGCUGCGACCUCCACCGGUCCAUCGUUCAUUUCUGGACCUUCCUACAACCAGACCCCACAACCGUUCAAGCCUCUCCCACCACCGGCUAUCACUCCUAGUGAGCAAAACCUCUCCGCAACUCCUCUAGAUUUCGCACCCAUCCCACAUACCUUUGUCCCUGCCCCAGCUCCCGUUCCCGCUCCCGCUCCACUUCCUCAAUUCGCUCCUGCUCCAGCCCCAGCCCCUGCACCCGUUCCCAUGCCACAAUUCACCCCUGCUCCUGCUCCUAUCCCACAACCCACCUUCUGCCCCGAACCCAUCCAACAGCUGCCUUCUCCACAAUUCGUCCCUCAACAACAACCCUUCCAAAUGGAGCAGCAGCACCACGCGGAGUUCGUCCACCAUCAACAGAUGCAGCAAUACCACCAUCAGCAACAGCAUAUCGAAGAGGAAAUCUACAAGAAAAAAUCCGUCAAAGAAACCAAACAGUUGUUUGAGCAAUCCAUCAAACAGCAAGACCUCAAGUCGCCACGCAUGAUCCAACAAUCGCUUGGCACGCUCCAGUCACCAACUCGCCCGAUGACUCUUCCGCCCGACUUUGGCUACACCCCGGCCGAGAUUGGCCUCGAGCCGGGACCGCAGCCCACGAUGGGCUACGCUCCGAAGUCCUCGAACGAACGCAAGAGCUCCUACUAUCGUGAGAAGAUCGAACAGUCAUUGUUUGAGAGCAUGGAUAAAGUGCCGGAACGUGUUCCGGCUGGCGGUGUCAAGAUUAUCCCGCCGAGCCCUCGGCGCAAGUCACAGACCCCGGGACAGUCGGAUACCGCCGGGAUGACUCCUGGUUCGUUCGAGCAACCGCCGGAAGCUAAGAGUACGCCCACCGUGGCCGCCAAGAGUCCAUUCACGGCAACCGAGAGCGAGUGCGAGAGUGACAUGGACGUGAGCCGCAAGGUGAACGGAGUAGUCAGCUCGGGCUAUCUGGCUGAUACGGAAGAGGUCCAGAAAACGACGGUGGUGUCGUUCAGUGAGCAAAAAACCGAGAGCUUCAGUAGCAGUAGCAAGACGGAAAGUGUCGUAGUCAGCUCAUCGGCUGACGCCACUCAACAGCAAGAGGAGCAGAAGGUUGAAUCAAUCGAACCGAAGGUUGAGAAGGUUGAGGACGCUGCACCGACCGCGACCGCCGAAGUUCAACAAGAACAGCAACAACAGUCGGAGCAAGCUGUCGACGUUACCGACGAGGUUACCAAGGAAACCGUCACGCUUCAAGAAGAAGGACCACAGAACUUCCUGGCAAACAAGGACCUCCCGGAGGAUCUACAACCGGUGAAGGUGCUUCCAACAGAGGAGCCACUGCCAACGCUGAAGCAUGUUCCAGUUCCAGCAGCCGUUCAGCCGGUACAAGAACCACAGCCCGUGGUUGAGCAGAUACCGUUGGUCCAGGAGCAGCCACCGAUGCCUGUGGUUGAGCCAGUUGCUGCACCGACCUUCACUCCACAACAGAACGGAUACCAAUCGGUGAGUGAUUACGAGAGCGAUUUCGACAAGAAGACGAUUUCAACCCCAGUUUGGCAGCCAACUCCAACGGGCCCAUCCGAUUUGGGCUACAAACCAGUCCAUCCGGUGUUCAACCCACCAAAACCACACGAAACGGGUCCAGCCGCACCACCGCCAUCAGUAUUCGAUCCGAUCGACAAGAUUCAGCCAACUCCUGUCCAAAAACCCCAGCAGUUCACCGAGAAGAUCGAAAAGCCCACACCAAUCAGCUACACUCAAAGCACAUCGACCACCCAGCAGAAGUCCUCGUCCUUCCAGUCCUACCAGCAGCAGACCUUCCAACAGCAACAACAACAGCAGCACCCCGUUUCCUUCCCACCGGUUGAACCUACGCCGGCCUUGUACUACACCUCGGUUACAGGCCAGCCGGUUCACAACACGAUCGCAACCGAAACUUCCAACACUCUGCACAUGAAGGAAUCCACCGAGACCAGCAACCGAGUGGUCAACAUGUCGCAAACGCAACGGGUCGUCAACCUGGAAUCCAGCAGUCAAUUCAUGGGCCAAAAACCAGGUCGCUUCACUCCUGGAGAGUACCGUGAAAGCGACUACGAAUCUGAUGGAUCCCGCAUUCGUCCGCUGUGGACUCCUCAUCCUUCGGACAGUGACGAACCGCAUUAUCGCAGCGUGCGACCGCAAUUCAAACAACCACGGUCGGCAAGUGUGCCUCGAGCAGGCGAACACAUCCAAACGCCCAUGGAAUUCGACACCGGUCCAGUGCUGAUGCCGUCCAAGAUCGAAAUCGCCUCGAGUCUCGCCUCCACGAAACAGCAAAGUCAAACCGUAGAAUCCGUCGAAGUGCUCCAGACGCAGACCCUCGACCGCAAGUCGUCCUUCACCAGUUCUUCCAAGCGGCUCGCCACCUCGCACGUGUCCAACCUGCGUGAUGACAUGGCCGUCAAGGCCCACAAGGUUGCCCCCAUCAACUACAUCCAGAAGGCGACCAACCAGGCGGAAAGCAUGUCCCAGUCGUUCAAGACCAAGGCGUACCAUUUCACGAACGAGGUGAUGACAGACAUGCGCAAAACUCCGAUCAAGCCGAUCCUGAAGAACGCUUUUGGUUAUCAGGUGCCGGUCACGCCGGUGCCGACGAUGGUGACUCCCACUGCCACGACGCCUACGCCGACGGCCGACGCCAAUGCGCAGGCCUAUCGGGAGGAAUCACGGGUGUCCCAGUACGGCACCAAACACGUCGAUCCAGACACCGGAAUCAUCUACUUCAAGUACGAUUUCGGGUACGAGUUUGGAAUCAUUUUCCCGGGCGAAGGCCACCGCAUUGUUGCCGGCACAAGCCGCAGCCGAAACCAAAAACAACUCACCAACGGCACCGCCGCCGCUGCCGCCAAACAGAAACACCCACUCUACCAAAGCGCAUCUCCAUUCGGCUCAUCCGGUGCCACCUCGGUGGAGGUUCCGGUCAUCCACGAACGCACCAAAGACUACGCCCGCAACUGUAGUCCCAUGCCGUUCCGGCGGUCUGCUUCGGUUCCGGCACCGGAUCUGCAAGCCAGUCGCUACUACAGCACCAGUCACCAACAGUCAACGCCACCGUGUAGCUAUCCGGCACGAUACGCACGACCGGGUAGCUCCAGUGGGCGUUCUACGCCCCGGGUUGGGGCGUACUUUAGGCCCCUGUCUCGGUGCAGCACUCCAGACCAGCAACAGCAACAACAGCAGCAACUAUCGACCCCGGUGCAGGGCUUCAACCGCUCAGCUACUAGCACUCCCAAGCACCAUCCACAGGACCCGGCUAUUGCCACCAAGCAGCCACUAUUCGUUGCCCCCCUGAAGGACAUUGCCGUCGUCAGUGGACAGCCGGCGCGUUUCGAGUGCAUCGUCGCGUGCGAUGCCACACCUGCUGUUCGUUGGACCAAGAACAACGUUCCGAUUGACGAGAGCGGCCAGCGGUACUAUCCGGAAUAUCGGAAUGGACUGUGUCGCCUUUCGCUUCCGGUUGCCUACGAAGGUGAUGCCGGCAAGUACUGCUGUUUGGCCGAGAACCACUUGGGCCACUCGCAGACCUGCGCCGAUCUGACCGUGGUCGACAGCGACUGGAGAACGGCGUCGGCCGUGACGGAGUUUUAGAUUGGGAACACUCCGGCAGAAUGGGAAGAAGCGAAGGAAGAAAAGUUAGACACUCAACGAAAAUCGUGUGAACUCAAAGAAGGAGACAGGGAUCGAUAGCAAGAAAAAAAAAACUCGAAAAUUAAAAAAAAAAACAAAUAAGAAUCAGAACCAGUGAAAACUCGAAACAAUCAGCUAAGGAAACAGAAUCAGAACUAUCAGAACUUAAUAUAAUUAAACGAAAGAAAAUAUACUUGUUUUUAUAAUAACAGUAAGCUUUUUUGUUUAAGUAAACCAUAUCAGAUACGAAUGGAAAGAAGAAGCAAGAGCAUAGUUUUGGGCGAGCUUCUUCUUUUAAUGUAAAGUGUUGCUUUUACUCGUUGUCUAUUUAGUGGUUUUCCAAUUCUUGUUUUGUACUUAUUUAUUUAUAAAAUGUGAGAAAAAUCCGUCAGUUAUUUAUUUUAGAUUUAAACUCUGACCCACGAACACAUUUUUUUAACGAUUCAUCAUUUUAAUUUCACCGUAAAUUACAACAAAAAAACUGUAAAAUUUUCAGAAAAAAAAAACAAAAAAAAACGAAACUGAAACAUUGAUCGAAAUGAAUGAAAAUUGAAUUUAAAAUCUGGACCUCUUUCAUACCCAAAAUAUAUGAAAUAAAACCAAUGCAGAUAUUAAUUUAUAAAUAAUUUUGAAAUGAAAUUCUAAAUGAACUAGCUUUAAAUGUUCUUUCAACUGUCUUGAAAUGUCAUUUUUUCAUCUAAUCAGCCUCAUCAAAAUCAUUAUCAUCACUUUUUUUUAGAGUGAAUGAAUUGAAAAAUGUUUUAAAGUCACCACGAAUCAUUUGGAAAAGGAAGAAAAAAAUAAACUUGAAUAAUUACUGUAAAUCGUUAUAAGAUGAUAUUGCACCCCACGACUGGAGAGGAAAUUUAUGUAAAACAACAUCCGACUAAUUGAUGGAAAUAAAAUCGAGAGAGUA